UUGAUCUUGUCUUUGAAUUUGUGAUUGUGUUCGUGUUGUCAUCUGUGAUCACUCAGUAUUUUUUUCAUAGGUAAUCGUAACCUGUAUUGAAUAUUGAGAUUGAGUAUUCAUAACAAAUUAAUAAGUCGGCAAUCGACGUAUUUGGCUUUCAAUUUAGAAAUAUUUAUGUUAUUUUGGUAUAUUUUUUGUUUGGCUAGUAAUAUCUUAUAUUUACAAUUUAAUCAUAUGAACCGAACUGGUGAACAUAAACAAAGGGUAUGUCAAUAGUGAAGUGUUGAGACUCGUAAGAAAGUAACUGUGAUUUAGUUUUAAGCACAAUGGAUGUUGAUGGCUCAGCCGGGGCUGGAGAAGUCAGCCAGACUCAAGGAGAAAUCGAUCAAAACCUCCUCCUGCAAUUCAGCUGUAUGAAUACGACUGACAGGGAAGAGCUCAUAGGUCAAAUGCAAAGACUUUUAGGCCCCAGUUUAAAUUAUAACACAGCUAGUUUUUUCUUGGAUAUGAGUAAUUGGAAUCUGCAGGCGGCAAUAUGUUGUUAUUUAGAUUAUAGUUUACCACCCAAGCUUCCAUCUAUGGCACUGAAAGCAGCUCAAACUCAAGAAUCUGCUGUUGGACCAGCUUCUCAUUUUGAACAAAAUUGGAGCAUUGCCAACACAGGAACUGAGACAUGGCCGGGAAGCUGUAGGUUAAUACAAGCUGGUGGGGAACCACUGGGAGCUACACCAGUGUAUGUGCCACCUUUACCCCCUGGACAUUCCACAAAUGUUUCAGUUAAAUUGUUAGCGCCCAGUACUGCUGGUGUGCAUAGAGGCUACUUUCAUUUAGUUACUGACAAAGGAGAGCAAAUAGGGGAUACAUUAUGGGUAGAAAUUACAGUAGAGUCUGAAGUAACUAUAGCUCUUACAGAGCAAUUAGCUGCCUUACCAGUACCUAGCAGUAGAUUGGAUGAAUCUGUAUCACAGGUGCCAUCACAAGAUGACCAAAUGUGUUGAUUAGAACUUACUUAAUUUGUUUACAACUUGUCACAAUGAUUUCCUCCAUAAAGUAAUGUAUAAAUUUAUUUCAAAUUAAUCCUGCGAGUGUUUCAAUACAUGCAAAUCAUCAAAACGCGUUAUAUACUUACAAAGCAAUGCUAAGUUAAAUAAGACUUGAUAACAAUGAUAUAAGUGAAAAUGUACAAACCCUUUAAAGUUACAUUAAAAUAAUUAACAUGAUGUCAACUAUAAAGAAUUUGUUAUUGUUGAAAUAUUUACAAUUGUAUAAGAAAAAUUGAUUUUAUUAGCAUCACUUAGUUUCUAGAUAUGAAUUGCCAUUAAUUAUUAUUAAUAAUUAUGGGGGUCUUUAUUUUGUAGUACUACAUACUAUAUUGUCUAAUUAAUUAUAGAUUUAAUUUAAAUAAAAUCUUUGAUAAAA